CACAUGGUCUUCCAAGAUGGCCGCGCCCUGGAGCGAAGGAGUGUAGGAGCAGAAAGAGUUGUGCAAGCAGGUUUUGUUGACAGUUGAGGAGCUGCAGGUCGCAACUUACAUCUCUAGAGAGAGACAGAGGUGCGUCUGAGAAAGCUUGUCACCCCCUCAGCCCUGCCGACAUGAGUAAGGACGGUUUAAUCCUCCCCAAAGACUUCCCCCAGCUCCAGAACGAUACAUUCCUGCGAGCAGCACGAGGAGAAGAAACUGAACAUGUCCCUGUCUGGUGUAUGAGACAGGCUGGAAGAUACCUACCAGAGUUUCGUGAGUCCAGAGCAGGGAAGGACUUCUUUGAGACAUGUCGGUCACCAGAGGCCUGCUGUGAGCUCACUCUGCAGCCUCUGAGACGUUUUCCCUUCGAUGCUGCCAUCAUCUUCUCUGACAUCCUGGUUAUCCCACAGGCCUUGGGUAUGGAUGUCCAGAUGAUGGCAGGUAAAGGUCCUACAUUCCCAGAGCCCCUGAAGGAGCCAGAAGACCUGCAGCGUCUGCAGGCCAAAGUGGACGUGGACAAAGAGCUGGGCUACGUCUUCAAAGCCAUCACACUGACCAGACACAAGAUAGAGGGCAAAGUGCCGCUCAUAGGAUUCACUGGAGCUCCGUGGACACUGAUGUCCUACAUGAUAGAAGGCGGAGGCUCCAACACCCACUCUAAGGCGAAGCGUUGGCUGUACCGACACCCUGAGGCCAGCCACAUGCUGCUGAGGAUGCUGACAGAUGUGAUAGUGGAGUAUCUGCUGGGACAGGUGGCAGCUGGAGCUCAGGCUCUGCAGGUGUUUGAGUCCCACGCCGGCAUUCUGGGGCCAGUCGAGUUUAAAGAGUUCUCUCUGCCUUACCUUCGAGACAUCGCUCGCUGUGUCAAAGAUAAACUCAAGGAGGCAGGAAAGGACGUUCCCAUGAUUGUGUUUGCAAAGGAUGCUCACUACGCUCUAGAGGAUCUGUCUCAGUCUCAUUAUGAGGUGGUUGGGCUGGACUGGACCAUUGACCCACGAUUUGCAAGGGAGCGCACAGGAGGGAAGGUCAGUCUGCAGGGAAACAUGGACCCUUGUGCUCUCUACGCUCCAAAGUUGAUCCUUAACUUUAACCCUCUCUCUUCCUCCUCCUCUCCCUCAGGAGCGCAUUUCAGACAUCGUGAAGAAGAUGUUGGAGGGUUUUGGCACGAGGGGCUACAUCGCCAACCUGGGCCACGGCCUUUACCCCGACAUGGACCCAGAGAACGUGGGCGCCUUCGUCGAAGCUGUGCACCAACACUCUAAACAGAUGAUCAAACAAAUGUAAAGAUGGAUGUGAUGUCUGUGUAAGCCAGAAAUGCUGAAGAUAGUGAUGGAAGAAAUGUACAAAAAUGCAUUGUUUUAUUAAAAACUGUGAAAAGGUGUUAGCAAGGGCAAUACAUCAAUUCACUACAUUCUUGUCCAGUGUAGAGGUUCAGGAUAAACAAGAUGUUGGUUUUCUAGCACAAGAUUUUCUGUUCAUCUAUAAUAUGUUGAUCUGACCAGGAGUGGAUUAUGUGUUUUGAUUGGAAAGGGAUUUUUUUUGCAAGUACAUGUACAUUACAAACAUUUUCAGUUGUAUGGGAUUUGUUUUAAUAUUGGAUCUAUUCAAAAAUGUUCUAAACAGCACUGACUUGUAGAUGAAAAAUAUUUUUUUGAUAUAUUUGUCAUCCAAUCAAACUCACCAUAAUGUUACUCUAGCACUUACAAAUACAAAUAGAGACAAAUCUUAAUAAGCUCUUAAUAGCUGUAAACAUCUUCAUUCAGAAGUGAGCUGUUUCAUCAGUACAAGUGGAAAAAGAGCCAAACUGCUGUGAAAGCAGAAGCUGGUGAUUUGGCAAAAGCGUUUCAGCAAGAGACACACUACUGGAGUUAUGAAAUCAGUUUUUGAGGAAAAAUGUCAGCACGCAGGAGUUGAUCAUUCCACCAUCUAACAUUUUAACAGUGAACAAAAUCCCCUGCUGGAUCACAGCAUGAGAGUUUUAUUUUUACUCCCGCAGAUAGAAAAUCUGUGAAAUGCAUGCUGUACAAAAAGAUGCCUUAUGCUGUUUUUCUCUUUGUCCUUCACCCUAAAUCUGUUUUUUUUUUUUUUUUUUUUCUUCAACUCAGCCUUGUAGAAAAAGUGGCUUAUGAAGUGAAUCACAUUGAAAGCAUCCUGAGAGGUUGCGUUUGAUUGCAGAAUAUUAAAACCCAUAAAUGUA